GCAGUCACCAACGGCCAGGUGGGAUUUUUACAGCAUUUCCACCAGGCCGUUUCUACCCUUACGUCUCCGUCUCCCACUCCAAAGGAACCCCGGCAUCCUUACGGCUCCACUCCUCCAGGAAGCGCCGCCAAAAUCUCCUCCCACCCCCUCAAUCCGUCCGGUUCCCCGCCCUCACACCCAAUUGCUAACUAAGCGCUGUUUGUAAUAGUAAUCUGGCAGCAAAUCAUCCUGUCUGUGCCCCCCCCUGGUUCUAGUUUCGGCUCCCAGCACCACCAUACCUUGCUAUAUACAGCUGCCGCUUUCCACUCUGGCUAAAAACUUACUUCCAAUCCCGGAUUAAGACUCCCAGCUUGCCCCUUUAUUUUUUUUGCCGUUAACAACUUCACCAUGAACGGAGCCCCCAUGCAUUCAUUAUAUCAAUUUGCUGGCCACAGCCCAAUACAGCAGCACAGAGGCCAGCAGGAUAGAGUCCCCUCCGUGCAACUGGGUCCCCCAGUAUUGCCGCUGGCCCUGUCGUCAGUGCACCCCCAUGGCCCUAUGCACCUGCUACAACACUUGCACCUGCACUUGCAACAACACCAACAGCUGCAGCAACCCCAGCAGCUGCAGCAGCCCCAAACACACCAGCUUCUGCAUCAUGGUCCCCAGCUCUCCCAAUUUCCCCAACUUCUGCAUCUGCAAAUUCUGCACUUAUCUCACCAACAACUCGUGGCCCAUCAGCACCCAUCCCAGCACCCUCAACAUCACUCUCAGUUACAGAGCCAUCGUCCCAUAUACCAUUCUCCUCCAAAUUACUCAAUUUCACAUUUUGCAGCUAAUGUUGCACCUUUACCCCCUAGAAUACCUUCCACCGAAAAAGACGUUACCAGGUAUCAAACCGAAUUGGAGUCAUUGCCAAUAGGCGAAACCGUUAAAAUUUUAACUACAGUGGCUCCAACGGGCAUCAGGGAGUAUAACGAACACUUAUUUAAGAUUGCAACCCUAUUGUUCAAUAUGAAACUGGAUUCUGCUGACAAUAUUGCCUCAUUGAAAAAGACAUACUACGACUUGAUAGAUGAUCUUGAUAAGUACAUCAACUAUGAAGAUCCUAUUGAGUCCCAGUUGCAUUUAUUGAUUGAAAGAAAUUUCGAUAUAUUCAUAAAGAUCUCUACGAACCACAAGGACGUCGACGUAUCAACAAGAACAAUUAGAUUCUUGACCAACAUUAUAAUGAAUUUAAAUUAUUGGGAGGUGUACAAUUUGUUGUCAUGGAAGCCUGCAAUUUAUCACUUUUUGUCAAUUAUUCAAUUUGACUUGAACGAAUGUUACUACAGGUUUAUUAAUGACUAUUCAAAGUUUAAUUACAAGAAGAUGGCACAACCAGUCCCAUCAUCCGAAAAGGCAAGUGCAUUAAGAGUGGCAAGGAAAGCAAGACGUGCUGCAGCCGCCCAAAGAGGGUUGGAAAACGAUUAUAGAGGAGAAUCCCCAGAUUCUGAUAAUUCGUCAAUUGGGACCAACGAUGAUGAUUCAAGCUCACACACUCCAACAGGAAUGUAUCCUCAAAAUCAUGAAUAUCGUGAGCAUGACAAAUUUGUAUCUGAAUCUUUGUCGGGCUUGACACCUAAGGAAAAGAAGAAGAUACGCGUGGAUGCAAAAUUGGCAGCUCAUAAGAUAAUAAAGAAGACCACAGCAUUAAAGCAAUCUACCAAAUCAUCCAAUUAUGACCCAGAUGUAGUACACGAGUGUCAAUUGCCUUCACCAGACGAACCACACAAGGUUUGCUUACGUCGGUUCUCCAGAAAAUACGAGUUGAUAAGGCAUCAAGAGACCGUUCACUCAAAGAAAAAGAAGUUAUUCAAAUGUUAUGUUUGUGUUAAACAAAAUCCACUGGUCGGUCCAAGGAUAUUCACCAGACAUGAUACACUCGCCAAACACAUUAGGGUAAAUCACAAGAUAUCUGGUAAGGAAGCGAAGGCAGAGGUUGCUUAUUCGAAGAAACAUGCAGAAGUUGUCGAAGAAGGCGACAUCACUGUACAUGUUGGUAGAAGAAAGACUAAGGUCGACUUCGAGUUGAGAGCACACAUGGAAAAGAAAAAGAUGGCGAAAGAAUCGCCCGACAUGGAUGAUUCAGGAUUCUUAGAUACCAAUAGCGAGCUAGACUCAGGUGAUGAAGAAGUUGUCUUCAAUAACUAAGACCAGAAUCUUCAAUUCUAAUAACGUAUUUAUUUCUAUCCAAGCUUUGGGCUUGGAAUUUUGACAAUCUAUACAUUGACAUUUAAUGAAUAUUACACUGUAUCACAA